AAGACGUCAAGUCAAGACGUGGUCGUCUCAUCGCUAAAGAAGCUGCAUUGCUGCAAAGUUUUCUAAAUUUCCACUGUUGAGAAAAUAAGUAGCAGAAUAUCUUAACCUUUAUAUAUUGAUACUGCAUGAUGGCAGAUAUAGAGAAACUCACUCUCAAAGAGAUAUACACAUCAGAUAAGAAUGGUGAUGAUACCACUGGCAAUGGGACUGAAGAGAAACCAUUUAAGACCGUUUUACAAGCGAUGCGCUUCGCCGGUAAAGAGCCCUUCCCUACGAUCUACGUGGACGCAAAAGAUACCACUCAGAAAUAUGAAGUCGUGGCUAAGUCCCAGUUGAAGAAAAUCCAGAAGAUUUGGGUGAGAGAGUGCCAUAAAGCCGCUGACAAGGCAAAAGCUGAGGAGGAAAGUCAUGAAAAGAGGUCCCAAAAUUUAGAAGAAGCAAAAAAAAUUGUUCUUAAAUUGGACCCGAAACUUCCUAAAGCUAAAGUUUUGAAAAUAUCUGAGGCUGGCGAAUACCGGGGCAAGCGUAUAUGCGUCCGCGGUUGGGUGCACCGCCUGCGCAGACAAGGGCGCGGGCUCACGUUCAUGACCCUGCGAGACGGCACGGGCUUCCUGCAGUGCGUGCUGCACGGUCAGCUCUGUCAGACGUACAACGCGCUGGUGCUGUCCACAGAGUCCUCCGUCAAGCUGUGGGGCACCCUGGAAGCGGUGCCUGAGGGCAAGAUGGCACCAGGCGGCCAUGAGUUGACAGCAGACUACUGGGAGCUGGUCGGGCUCGCGCCGCCAGGUGGCGCUGACGCCAUACUGAACGAAGAAGCUCAUCCCGACGUGCAGCUAGAUAACAGGCACAUCAUGAUCCGCGGUGAGAACACGUCAAAGGUGCUGCGCGCACGCGCCGCCGCGGUGGCCGCUUUCCGCGAUCACUUCGCUGCGAGGAAGUACACCGAAGUGCACCCGCCUACCUUGGUGCAGACUCAGUGUGAAGGCGGCAGUACUUUAUUCAAAUUUGAUUAUUUUGGAGCAAACGCGUACCUAACACAGAGCUCGCAGCUGUACCUGGAGACGUGCCUGCCCGCGCUGGGCGACGUGUACUGCAUUGCGCAGUCCUACCGCGCAGAACAAUCGCGCACGCGCCGCCAUCUUGCUGAAUACAGCCACGUGGAAGCGGAAUGUCCGUUCAUAACGUUCAACGACCUUCUCGAUAGGAUCGAGGACCUGGUCGUGGACGUGGUCAACAGAGUGCUGAACUCCCCCGCCGCUGAGCUGGUCUAUGACCUCAACCCCAACUUUGUGGCGCCCAAGAAACCGUUCAAGCGGAUGACGUACGCCGAAGCUAUCGAUUAUUUGCGCGCCAAUGAAAUUACAAAAGAUGACGGGACAUAUUACAAAUUUGGAGAGGACAUACCGGAAAUGCCCGAACGCAAGAUGACUGACCAAAUUGGGGAACCGAUACUUUUAUGCAAAUUUCCAGCUGAAAUCAAAUCCUUCUACAUGCCGAGGUGCAAGGAAGAUAAUCGGUUGACUGAAUCUGUGGAUCUGCUGAUGCCAGGAGUGGGAGAAAUGGUCGGUGGAUCCAUGAGGAUUUGGGACUACGAGGAGCUGCUGGAAGGUUACAAGCGCGAGGGUAUCGACCCAGCUCCGUACUACUGGUACACCGACCAGCGCAAGUUCGGCUCUGUUCCCCACGGCGGCUACGGACUUGGACUCGAACGAUUCCUCUGCUGGCUCCUUGACAGAUACCACAUCCGCGACGUUUGCCUCUACCCGCGCUUUUUGGAACGUUGCACGCCAUAGAAAUAUUCAAAUUUGGAAUCUAUUUCUAUUUAUUUCGCGUUUUUUGUAUUGAGCGGCCAGUGUUUUGUUUUUUUUUUCUUUGGCAAGUUAUGAUUCUAAAGACGAUAUGGUUUUAAUCAUAUUCCAUUUUUAAAUUAGAUUACGUUGUGUAACUAUUUAUUUGCAUUAUUAUGCGACGAAUUUGUUAUCUGUAAGAGCAUUAAUUUAUAUUUUAAUUUAAAUAUUUCAAGACUUGUUGCAUUUUAAAUAUAAUCUAUGCAUUUCAAAUAUAAUUUGAUAAUUUAAAAGAGACUAUGGCUUUAUAGGUACUGGACAUAAUAUAUAAAGGAAUGUCAUUCCAAACUGUAUUCCAGUUUUAUCGUUCAAUAAACAGCUUGUUCAAAGAAUUGUCUUAUUGAUGUGUUUUUUUGCAUUCCAAAAUGUAAGGAGGUACCUGAUAUUUUUAAAAUCUAUAGGUUGCUGAUAGUACAUAUAGUGUCAUAUUGUGCGUCAAAGCUUUAAAGAUUUUUGCGGCCUUAUUUUCUUUCUGUCAUCAUAGUUUUAUUACUUAAAUAAAACUCAUAAACAACGUAAUAAA